AUGCCCUGCCCCGGUGGCCCCUCCCUGGCCCGGGCCAGCCCAGCCAUGCCCACGCGGGAGGAGGAGCCCAGAGACCAGCAGCUCCUGGUGGUGCUUCGGAUCCGGCCCCUCAGUGAUGCAGAGCUGGAGGAAGGAGCCACCACCACCGCCCACAAAAUGGGGGACCAGAUGGUGGUGCUCAUGGACCCUGGCGAGGACCCCGAGGACACGAUGCGCACACACCGGUCCCGGGAGAAGACCUUCAUCUUUGACGCAGUGUUCGACCAGCACGCGUCCCAGGAAGACGUGUACCGUGCCACCACACAGCACUUGGUCGAAGGGGUCGUUUCCGGCUACAAUGCAACCGUCUUUGCAUACGGCCCGUCAGGUGCCGGGAAGACCUACAGCAUGCUGGGCAUGGACGCAGAGCCGGGCAUCUACCUGCAGGCACUCAGGGACCUGUUCAGGGCCAUCGAGGACACCCGCGACAACAUGGACUACAGCGUGUCCAUGUCCUACCUCGAGAUCUAUAACGAAAUGAUCCGGGACCUCCUGAACCCGUCCUCAGGGUUCUUGGAGCUGAGGGAGGAUGCCCGGGGCAGCAUACAGAUCGCAGGCAUCACAGAGGUGUCCACCUCGAACGCCCAGGAGAUCAUGCAGCUGCUCACCAAGGGCAACCGGCAGCGCACGCAGGAGCCCACAGCCGCCAACACCACGUCCUCACGUUCCCACGCCGUGCUGCAGGUGACGGUGCGCCAGCGCUGCCGCGGCACCCACCUGGCAGAAGAAGUGCGCGUGGGGCGGCUCUUCCUGGUGGACCUGGCCGGCUCGGAGCGCGCGUCCCAGACCCAGAACCGAGGGAAGAGGAUGAAGGAGGGUGCCCACAUCAACCGCUCGCUGCUGGCACUGGGGAACUGCAUCAACGCGCUCAGCGAGAAGGGCGGCGGCCGCGCGCAGUAUGUCAACUUCCGGGACAGCAAACUCACGCGCCUGCUGAAGGAUGCCCUCGGGGGGAAUAGCCAAACAGUGAUGAUCGCCCACAUCAGCCCGGCCAGCACGCACUUCGAGGAGUCGAGGAACACCCUGCUGUAUGCCUACAGGGCCAAGAACAUCAAGACCAGGGUCAAGAGGAACCUGCUGAGCGUGUCCUACCACAUAGCUCAGUACACGGACGUCAUCUCUGACCUGCGCAGGGAGAUUGAGCACCUCAAAUCCAAAAUUGAGAAGCAGGCAAAGGAGAAAAGCAACCCGAGCGUCAGAGAUGUACCAGUCCCAGUGUCCCCCCUUGAUGGAGAGGACAGCCACCUGCAGAUGAGCAAGAUCCGGGCUCAGCUCAUCGGGGCCUUCAAGGAGCAGCUGGAGAUGCGCCGCAGCCUGGUGGAGCUGGAGAACGGCCACAUCGAGCUGCACGUGGACAUGUCCCGCCACCUGCUGACCAUUGCUGACUGGGAGCGAGAGAGGAGUCACCAGGAACCCCGGGACCCCGCAUCCAUGAAGGAUGAGGAGCUGGCGGAGGCUGAUGGGGACGGGGAUGGAGAGGAGGGCGCAGAGCCGCCCGAGGUGGCACUGGCCCGGGAGGAAGUCAACAUACUUCUUGCUGAGCAACGGAAAAAUGCAGCCCUCAAGGCCGGGCUGGAGCAGCGCCUGGCCCAUGCCAAGAGGAAGGCGUCCCAGCUGGAGCGGCUGCUCCCGGGCCAGAGCGUCAGCGCGGAGCAGCGGGAGGUGCUGCAGCUGCUCUGCCGCGUGCACGAGCUGGAGGUGGGCAGCACCGAGCUGCAGGCCCACAGCCUGCGCAGGAAGAACCUGCUGUGCCAGAAGGACUUCGUCAUCCAGCGCUACCACCAGCACCGGCUGCUGUGCGAGCAGCUGAUCCAGGACCAGCAGCAGCUCAUCCACGAGGCUGGCAUCCCGGUGCCCGAGGAUCUGCAGCAGCGCUUCCGCCUGUACUCACGGGAGCUGGGCGAGGGCUCGCUGAACCGCCUCCUGCUCCUGCACUCCGUCAUGUCUAGCUCCCUGCGGGAUGGCUCUGUCCUGUGUGUCUCUCCCGCACCUGAGGAGGCCACCCGCGAGCCACAGGCCAACAGGAAGGACCUGCCCUGGGGCGCCCAGUUCGAGUUGCCCCCGAUUCUGCUGGAGACAGACAGUGACGGCCACAGGUCAGCAAAGGGCACCCCGUCCAAGUCACUGGGGAAGGCAGACGCCCUGCUGCCCCCGACGUCCGUCCGCAUCCUGCUGACGCCCCCAAGUCACGAGAAGCCUAGCCCCCUGAGCGUGAAGAACUUGGUCUCCAAACUGUACCCCCCGGCCAACCUGGACCUGGGCCCCACCAACAGCACGGGAGGGGAGGCGCUGAGCCCCCAGACACUCCGGGAGAUGGCUGAGGGCACCAAGGGCAUCACGCUCAUCGCUGCCAGCCGGCGUGCCAAGGCCCAGGACCGCGAUGGUGGCAGCGACCGCUCCUCCCUCCACCUGCCGGAUGACGUGACCCUCGACUCCAGGGACCCCAGCCCUGCAGACCGGAGGUGGCGCCAGACCAGCCCAAGCCGGGACCGCUCCCUGGAGAGGAAGGCCAGGAAGAAGAGGUCCCCAUCCCUCACCAGGGGCACGGUCCAUGAGCCCCCUACUGAGAGCCAGCCCUCCGUGCCCCUCCAGCUGUCCAAGUCGCCAGGAAAGAGCUUCUUCCCCGCAGUGCCUACUGCCGCCAAGAUAAAACCCAGCCUCAGCUCCCACUCAGACGAGCAUUCGCUCAGCUUCACCUUCCCCAGCGCUGUGUGGCAGAGCACCUCCGCGCCCAGCAGAGGGCCCCUCCUGCCCCGGGACGUGCGAGGGUCCAUGAACACUGGGAGUCACCGCCACAGCCCACUGCCUCCCAGUGACCCCCGCAGGCCCCCAGGUGGCAGUGCCAAGCGGCCCCGAAGACCAAGCUGCCACUGA